AUGUCGUCCUCCAACUCCCGCAACCUCAUCAUAACCAGCAUCGAAAGCCUAACGGGCUCGCAAAUCGCCAAAACAAUCCUCGCCAGCCGCUCCUUCUCGAAAACCAUCAAUCAAAUCACCGGCUUAACGCUCACACCCGACGCAGACACCGUCAAUGAACUCGUAAACGAGCACGGCGUCAACAUCAUUGAGCACAAGCCCGGCGACCUCGAGACAAUGGUCAACACGCUCACCGAGACGGGCGCCGACACAAUCUGCCUUCUCCCACCGAACCACAAGGACGCGUUUGAUAUUACAACCGAACUAAUCGAGGCGACGAAGAAGGCGAAUAUCCCGAACGUCUGCUUUAUUUCCUCUGCUGGAUGCGAUCUCGCGGAACGCGAUAGCCAACCUCUCCUGCGGAGCGUCAUUGAUCUCGAGACGACGGUCAUGCAGACGAAGGGCGAUGCCAGUACGGAGACGGGCCACUCGCCCGUUAUCAUUCGCCGCGGCUUCUACGCCGAACACCUUCUCUCCUACAGCAAGCAAGCCCAAGAAGCCGGAAAACUGCCGCUCCCCAUCGGAACCUCGCACAAAUUCGCACCGAUGGCCCUCUCCGACGCCGUCGAGGUAAUCGCACACGUCCUCACCGGCACCGGCAAGCACGGGUUCUCCGACAAGCACCGCGGCCAACUGAUGGUCCUCACGGGCCCCCAGCUAACCGCGGGCUCGGAGCUCGCGAGUGCAGCAAGCCAGGCCCUCGGCGAAGAGCUGGAAUUCGAAGAUAUCUCCCCUGACGAAGCGAAGAACGUGCUUAAGGAUGACGCGGGGAGCUCAGAUGGCGAGAUCGCAUACCUGCUUGAGUACUUUAGCCUUGUGCGCGAGGGCAAGACGAAUUAUAUUUCGACCACGGCGUUCCAUGAUGUUACGGGGAAGCACCCCGUUGAGCCGACGGGGUUUUUCAAGAACUAUGCUGAGGAGAUGAGGCCCGAGAAGGCGAAUAAAAAGAGGAAGACUCAAUGA